AUGGCGGGUGUCAACACCAAACGCAAGUUUGGCUUCAUCUUUCCGAUGGCCUCGGGACACCUCAACCCAUCCUUGCCAGUGGCCCGAGCCCUUGUGGAAGAAGGGCACGAAGUCAAUUACCUGUGCAGGGAACAGAUGAAGGAGGCCAUUGAGGAUACCGGUGCCACGUAUCACUCAGAGGUCGACGAGCUGCGUGAGUUGUACGAGGGCAGGCAGCUGGACAUCAUGGGUUGUUUGACAGACCUCCAAAAGGAGUUCGGCUUGGAAGAGGACCCGCUUAUCAUUGCCAUGUUCAAGGUCAAGGAAAUUAUGCUGGAGAUGAUGCUGCCUGGCAUCCUGCGCUGGUUGCGAAAAACUGGGGCAGAGGCGGUUGUUGUUUGUCCAUUGAUGAACAAGGAGGCAUGCUGGGCUGCGCAGAUUAUUGGCAUUCCUUGCAUUGGAAUUUUAACCACAGCUGGGCCAGGAAGCCUUCGAUCAGCAACCUUGGACUGGCUGGCAAAAAUGGGCUACACCCCUGAGCGCUGCCUGGAGGAGCGCCGAGCAUACCAACCCUUGAACGAAGCAAUUGAUCGCUUGCGUUCCAGCUAUGGCUUGGAGAUUGCAGUUGACGAGGACAUGUUGCCUGUGGGAAUCUGCGUGGUUGCCCAGAAGUCUGCACUGACACUUGUCACUACAGUUGAGUUUCUUGCGGACCCCGUGGCUCCGGAUGUUCAGCAAGUCUAUGAGGCGGACCGAACAGAAUUUGUUUUCGUUGGACCACUCCUAGAUAAAGCAGGAGCUAAGCGAGCAGCGGGACACAAGAUUCAACCGCAAGAGUCCGCGGAGGCUGUGAAGGUUGGUGAUGACGCGGAUCCUCUGACCUUGCUGCGCAAUGCCCGUGCAGCUGGUCGAAAGGUGGUUUUUGCCAGCAUGGGAACAGUUAUCACGGGAGAUAUGCCAGAACUCGGCUGGGCCAACCGCAUCAAAGUGGAUGGUGUGCCUCAGGGCCUGUCAGGCCAAGAGUUGUGCCAAGCGGCGUGGGGUGGCCUUUUUGAUCGUCUCGGUGCCAGAGAAGAGGGCGACAAUGCAGCACCGCUGUUGUUGGUGUCAGUCGGACCUCAGCAAGAUGCUCUAGAGAACAUGUCCGUCCCGGCGAACGCAUUCUGUUUGCCCGUCAUGCCACAAGUCGACAUUUUGAAGCAGGGUGUGGACAUGUUCUUGACGCACGGGGGCCAGAACAGCUUCAUGGAAUCGUUAAGCAUGGGAGUUCCGGUGCUCGUUUGCCCGGGCUUUGCAGAUCAACCCGUCAAUGCUGAGAAGGCCGUUCAGCUGGGCGUGGGCUUGCAGGUCGAACGCCCCAUGUGUGACGCGAGUGAUGCUACGAAGGUGGCUGCAAAGUAUCGACAGGAUGUGGCAGAGGCCGUGGACAGGGUGUUCACAACCCCAGCAUUCAGGGCGAAAGCUGAAGAGUGCGCUUUGCAGAUGCGAUCAGCAG